AUGGACGAUAACAGCACACAUACCGGUCAAUAUCGCUCGGCUUGCGCUGAGUGCCAUCGCAGGAAGCAAAAGUGCAAUCGAGAAUGGCCUUGCAAUCAUUGCCAGAAGCGCAAAGUCGCAGAUAAAUGCCGCUUCAUACAGCCAAACGCCGCCAGCUCACCGUCAGAUAGUCUUGCCAACGGCAGUGAGAAGAAGCGCUCGCGCAGCCAUGACGAUGAUGGCGAGCCUGACGUGUCUGAGCCUGAAGAGGAGAACGAUGAUGAUGUUGAGUUGGCGGCUAUGGGUUACGCCGCUGGUCCCCUUCUGGAGUCAUUGACUAUCGAUUCAAAAAAGCAUAAGAAACCGCUGGGCGAGUUGACUUGGGUUCAUCCAAGUACUUGUCCUCAACUCAAGCACGCCAUUGAUGUUUUACCCUCAAGACCUCAGAUGGGCAAGUCACUGUUCUUCUUCAACACUGUCAACUAUCAUUACUACAUCAUUUAUCCACCCACCUUUCUUCAAGAGUAUCAGUCCUGGUGGGACCGCAGAUCUCGCAACCAAACGCUCUCGCUGCAGUGGACUAUCCUGCUGGUAAUGGUCUGUGCCUGCGCUACUCAGCAUCUGGACGUCGGCAUAAAGCCUAUGGUCGAGAUUGAGUUGUCAGAGCCCUCGGACAAACUGACUGUAGAUUAUCACACCGCCGCGACAGAACUCGGGAGAGUUAUUCCGCUCGGUCAUUGCCAUUUGCUCAACAUUCAGUGGAUGCUUCAUUCUAUUUAUUGGUAUAAAGCUGAAGCAAGAUUCGUUGAAGCUUGGCAUGUUAUUGGUGCUGCUGUUCGAGAGGCUCAUGAGUUGGGCCUUCAUCGAACUGCCAUUGCCGAAGGCUUGUCCGAGUUUGAACGGGAGAUGCGACGAAGAGUAUGGUGUAUUCUAGACUGCUGGGACUGGCAAUUUGCUUCCGGUCUGGGUCGACCAACGAUUAUUGACCAUACCGAUAUCAACGUGGAGCCACCAAGUCUAACCCUCGAGGACUUUUCACCUUCACCAUUACUCCAUAUGAAACUUCAGUCUGAACUCGUUACUAGCCUCGCCCAACGAUGGGGCGCCCCCAAGAACAUCACAUCAGCACAAGAUAUUCAAGAGUACAAGUCCGCACUCGAGGAAUGGAUUCGAUGUUUCCCAGCCGUUUAUGACGUCGACAAUCCAGACACGUCCAAGGAUUAUAAACACAACUGGAUCGUCUUCCACCGGUAUUACAUCCACACUAUGGCCUAUCUCAUGAUUCUCAACCCCAUGCGUUCGUUCAUGGCGCAGGAUUUCACAAAGGACUCGCCUGCGGAUUUACUAGCUGUGAGAGAGGAUGCGGUGCAUUACUCACUUAGGAACCUAGACACGACCAACCGAUGGGCGAAUCAGGUUUCACACCGCGACGGCAGGUUUCACUUUAUCAUCUUCUCGCUAUUCGACACAGCAGCCGUUCUUUCCACGGCCAUUAUCAAAGAUCACGAUGAGACGAUUCCGAGAAAGGACGAGAUUAUUGACGCGGUGGACAACUCAAUCAAAUUGCUCAAGCGUCUCAAGGCGGUGUCAAAGACGGCCAAGACGUCUCACGAUAUUCUUGUUAAGAUGGUGAAUAAGAUGCCAAGGAAGAAACCACUACCACGGGAGAACGUUCUGCGCAAGAAACAACGCCGUGCCCCGGCAUUCGCCGCCGCACCAGUCAAAGCACCUACCCAGGAGCCCACGCCUGUCUUCAAGACGGAACCGGUGUACCGGCAGGAAUCGGGCCAGGAGUCGCAGGAGAGUUCACCAAGUUACUACGCCAGCUCAGAGGGUGCACCCUCAGAAUCCACGCCACAGAGCAACUACUCACCGUACGACAACUCCGGUUACGCCCAGGUACCCGCGGACGGAUAUCAGAAGCCUCAUUCUUACCCCUCCGUCAAUGCUGUUCACGCCCAAGUACCUCAGCAAGUCCCAUCGCCCAGCGCCGCCAUCGACGGACUCAUCCAAUCCGGCGGGUAUUACUCGAUGCCACAGACCGAUCUCAACGUAGCAGCCAUGGUUCCUCAGCCCUACGUGGACUAUCAGCAUCAGGACUUCAACACAGAUUACGGUCUAGGCAAUAUCACCGACGUGGAUUUAGGAGACUUUUCCCAACUGUGGGACUGGAGGAGUCUUAACUUGGAUUUCAUCCAAAGCUCAACAUAG